UGGCUCCAUAAAGUUUGACCUCACCUCAUGAUUCCUUCACCGCCACGCUAACCUAAAAAAGUCUACUUGAGGUCAAAGUAACCUCGCAACACUACAACGACGACUCUCUACUUUCUUUUAUAAUGCUUAACAUUAUCACCUUCUUUUUCAUUUUUUUAAAAAAUAAUUUCCUCAGCUGCUGCUUACUUGUUCUGCAGUCUUAGCUGUAAACUCUGUUUAUAAAAACUCUCCACGAACUCUCCACAAACAUUGAGACAGAACAAAACAGAGGAGUUGAUUUUUAAUGGCAGAAGAAUCGUUUUGGUUCGUCUCUGUUUCUACAUCAACAACAUUUCUUGCCUUCGUCAUCAUCUUCUUUCUCGUGGGAAUAACAAGAAGAAAGAGAAGAGAGCCUCACAGUCUGCCUCCAGGAAGCAGAGGAUGGCCUUUGAUAGGUGACACCUUCGCUUGGCUCAAUGCCGUUUCCGGUUCUCAUCCUUCCAGCUUCGUCGAGCAACAAGUCAAAAGGUACGGAAGGAUAUUCUCGUGUAGCUUGUUUGGGAAGUGGGCAGUGGUAUCAGCAGACCCGGUUUUUAACCGGUUCAUAAUGCAGAACGAAGGCAAGCUGUUCCAGUCUAGUUAUCCAAAGUCUUUCAGGGAUUUGGUCGGAAAAGAUGGGAUCAUCACUGUCCACGGUGAACAGCAGAGACGCCUUCACUCAAUCGCAUCGAGCAUGAUGCGUCAAGACCAGCUCAAGACCCAUUUCCUUGAAGAUAUCCCCGCGGUUAUGCUUCAGACAUUGAGUAACUUCAAGGACGGUGAAGUCGUGCUUCUCCAAGAUGUCUGCAGAAAGGUUGCGAUUCAUCUUAUGGUUAACCAACUUCUUGCAGUGUCAAGCGAAUCAGAAGUCGAUGAAAUGUCUCAGCUUUUCUCUGAUUUUGUUGAUGGAUGUCUCUCUGUUCCUAUCAACCUGCCAGGCUUCACAUACCACAAAGCCAUGAAGGCAAGAAAGGAGAUUAUAAGGAAGAUAAACAAGACGGUAGAGAAGCUGUUGCAUAACAAAGAAGCAGAUACUGCUGGAAACGGUGUUCUUGGAAGGUUGCUUGAAGAAGAAAGCUUACCAAAUGAAUCCAUGGCAGAUUUCAUCAUCAAUCUUAUGUUUGCUGGAAAUGAAACAACCGCGAAAACAAUGCUGUUUGCUGUUUACUUCCUCACUCACUGCCCUAAGGCCAUGACCCAAAUCCUGGAGGAACACGAGAAAUUUGCGGGAGAAACGCUAACGUGGCAAGACUACAAGACUAUGGACUUCACUCAAUGUGUAAUAGAUGAAACACUCAGGCUUGGUGGGAUUGCAAUAUGGCUAAUGAGAGAGGCUAAAGAAGAUGUCUCAUAUCAAGAUUACGUGAUCCCCAAGGGAUGCUUCGUGGUUCCGUUUCUCUCAGCAGUGCACUUAGACGAGAGCUAUUACGAGGAAAGUCUUUCCUUCAAUCCAUGGCGGUGGCUUGACCCUGAAACUCAGCAAAAGAGGAAUUGGAGAACGAGUCCUUACUAUAGCCCAUUUGGUGGAGGAACUCGGUUUUGUCCAGGAGCAGAACUCGCUCGCCUUCAGAUAGCUCUCUUUCUACAUUACUUCAUCACUACAUACAGGUGGACACAACUAAAGGAAGAUCGUAUCUCCUUCUUCCCUUCUGCUCGUCUAGUGAAUGGAUUCAAAAUCCAGUUGAACAGACUGGAGAAAGAUCCUCAUUGUCAAUAAUCAACUAAACCAUAUCUUCACCUCUGUAGAUCUUUUUGUAAUGAUAUGUAUGUUUCACUGUAAAACGCAAGUGAUUUUUGUUGUCA